AUGUCGGCGCAUUUAGCCGCUUAUUCUGCUGUAGGACUUAGCAUAUGUGCAUUGGUAGCAUGCCUGAUUUUCCUUCCUACCUUAUACAAUAAGAUCACGGAAAUUCGAUACGACCUCGAAUUGGAUAUGGAAGAAUUUCGUGGAUUGCAAAAUCAAAUUUAUUUCCAAGCAAGGGGUCAAAGUAUUGCACUUAGCGCUUCACCUUUUGCCGCAUAUCGAGAGAAACGUGGCUUAGCACUACCAGGGCAAUGCCGCUGUGAUGCUACAACAACAUGUCCUCCAGGUGAACCUGGUCCACCAGGUGAACCAGGAAUGGAUGGUAUUGUUGGAGAACCUGGACCACCAGGACCACCAGGAUUACCUGGCAAUUACCCAGCCGUAAAUGUGGAUAUCAAAGCUAACUGUCGUAUUUGUCCACGUGGUCCUCAAGGUUUUCCAGGUCAACCAGGUCCACCUGGAGAAGUCGGAGAAAAUGGUCCACCGGGGCCACCUGGAUACCGGGGUGAACCAGGAUUUGAAGGUCAACCUGGAAAUCCUGGACCAGCAGGUGAACCUGGUGCGAACGGCAAAAAUGGUGCACCGGGAGCACCAGGAAGAAGUGGCACACGAGGUUCCAAAGGAGAACCAGGACCACCGGGACCCAAAGGACCACUUGGACCUCCAGGAUUUCCAGGUCCGGAUGGAAAUGAUGGAAAUCAAGGCUUUGCCGGAACAAUAGGACCACCUGGACCACCAGGUGAACAAGGACCAGAUGGUCCAGCAGGUUUUGGCGGUCCAGUGGGUCCACCAGGAGUACCGGGAACUGAUGGAUCCUAUUGUUCAUGUCCACCACGACGUACUACGGUUACGUGA